ACUGUCAGCAGAAGAAGAAGCCUUCACAAAGCCAAAAGAAAAUGGCGGUCUUCUCUAUGAUGCUUUGGCAAAACCUACAAAGGUGUAUAAAGAAAACAACCAAUUUACCCAAAAGGAGAAAAAAUUAGUAUGUGAGGUGAAGUUGCUGAAGAAAUUGGCUCCGUUUGCCUUUAUAACCCUCUAUCUGCCAUUGUCAAUUCCCCAGAUAUUUACUACAGUUGUCGUCUUCUCUUCAUUUAAUGAGAUAUCAGUGAUGCCUCAUCAGAUUCAGGGACAAAAUGGGCAGCAGGGUAUGUGGAUGUACCAAUGCGUUCAUUGUAAAAAAAACUUUCCUUCAAGCCAAGCCAUAGCAGGCCAUACAAAGGGUCAUUUCAGGGAUGGCUGGGUUAAAGGAACCCCCCAAAGCAAAGUAUUUGUGCUAUUUUCUGAGUAUCAACAGCAGCAGGGUUCUAUUACUGACUCAACAAUUCCCGAGAAACAGAUUUUUUCUGCAGCAACAUCUGACACUGACUUAACAGAUGCUCAUCGAUUGCCAAAAGGUGAUGUACAAAAUUCCAGAUGCCCGGCCGCACGACCUCCAUCUCCAGCUUCGUCUAGCAGACAACCACGAAUCCCUAGGCAUCAUUUGAGGCUUCGUGAUCUGAAGAUACUAGCUAGGCUCAGGGCUCGUCUUACCAGAGAGGAGCAAGAAGUCAUUUUGCGUCUUCUUGAUAGUGCUAUGGAACAGGCAAAACAAUGCAAGAAGAACACUGAGGCGGAGGUGAUCCCAAAUAGAAACUCAGAAGCAGCAGCCGCGAUUGGAACUACCGACAAAGAUACCAAUGACACCACUGAGGAAUCGGAUGAUGAGUCCAAAAAUAUGUGAUCAUAUGGUUAAAGCAUAUGCAAUAGUUUCUGGUUUAUUUCUUGUUAAUUAUGGUUUUGAAGAUUGUUCGAAUUAUUAGCGAAGUGUUUUAUUAAAUGUAUGGACAGUAAAACGACGUUGGUUUUUUAGAUCAUCUAGGAGUACUGUUAAACAAGGUUCUUCCCUUUAUCCCCUCUGUUAAAUGAAUGUAUAUGUGACUGCUACUGAGGCAUUGUUUGGGAGGCCGCAGUUAGGUGCUAUCUUAAUUGAAGAUAUAUGUAUGUUUUGCUA